AUUCCACACCCAAUUACAAAACCCUGCGCCUAGUCACAGCAGUGAUCAAUCUUUUCUAACUAGUAAUACGAGAAAGCCAAAGACUCUAAACUUUGGAAGCACUCAAACCCGACUUGCCCGGAAAGUGUUCGACAUAAUGCCUCAGACAAGAAAUGAGCUUUUUUUUUUUCCAACUCAAAUUUCGAGGUAAAGAGAAUGAGAAUGAGAAUGGGGUGGCUUUGAAAUUGAGGAGCGUAAUGUAGGAGUUGAAAAGAAAGUGGGCUCUGCCGGGUUGCAUGUGCUGGAAUUUUCUUGGCAAUGUGAAGGCAGACAAGGUGAAAGCUAACUGGAAGGAGGAAAUCAAGCCACAGUACUUUAGUCAAUAUUGGUGACUUGCAUGAUUGAAAGAUAUUUCGCCAAAAGUGCUGGGAAAUUUUCCUUUCUGCUUUUUACCUCUGCAUACUUUCCUCGAAUAUAUGUGCACAGUAUGGUUUUUUAUUAGUCUAGUUUGAUUCUGAUGAAUAAUCUAAGUUUGUUCAGAGUAGAUGAAGAAAGUUGAUGAGGCAAGAUCAAAAUAUAAGCUAGCUGAAAACACAUGUGACUUGUUUGAUUGAAAAUCCAGUUGAGAUUGUUUUCAGACUUGCAUUAUCUUGAUUCUUUUCAGCCUUGCUAAGUUUGAACUUAGCGUCACUUCAUACAGCAUGCUUCCUUUUGAACAGUCGGUGAAAGCAGUAAUGGUGGCCUCUUUAUCGUCCACUUUUUGAAUGAUUGAAAGAUAUUUCACCGAAAGUGCUGGGAAAUUUUCUUUGUGCUUUUUACUUCUGACUACUUUCCCGGAAAAUGUAUGCAUAGUUUCUUAUUUAGUGUUCUUUCAUUCUGGGGAAAAAUAGAAUUUUAUUCAAAAUAGAUGAACUAAGUUGCUGAGGGCAGAAAGAGAGCUGAAAAAACUGAUUGGGAAGUGUCUAUUGAUAUAUAUACUCAUCCACGUGCUAAACAGGCUAGAAUAUGGCUGCUGCUUCUUCUUGCUCUGAUAUUAUCCCUCAAGAGAAGCAUGAUGUAUUUCUUAGUUUCAGAGGAGAGGACACCCGGAAUACUUUUACCAGCCAUCUUUAUGAGGCUUUACGUCAGAAAAAAAUCCAAACUUACAUAGAUGACAAACUGGAGAGAGGAGAUGAAAUCUCACCGGCCCUUCUCAAAGCAAUCAGCGAAUCGAAGCUUUCGGUUAUCAUUUUCUCCAAAAACUAUGCUUCUUCUACAUGGUGCUUGGAUGAACUUGUGCACAUACUCCAAUGCAGAGGUGAACAGAUUGUUAUACCCAUCUUCUACGGCAUAGAUCCAUCAGUUGUACGCAAACAAUCGGGGAUUUAUGCAGAUGCAUUUGUUCAACAUGAGGAACGUUUCAAGGGCACGAAGGAGGGCAAGGUGCUGGCAUGGAGAGGUGCUUUGAAAACAGCAGCGGAUAUAUCUGGAUUUGAUUCCCAAACAAUUAGGCCCGAGUCUGAUUUAGUUAAGGUUGUGGUCAAUGACAUUUUGGAGAAAUUGAAUCGCAAAUUGCAAAUCGCACGGGGUUUAAAGGGCCUGGUUGGAAUGGAAAAACACAUUCAACAAGUUGAAUUGUUAUUAUGUCUCAACUCACUGGAUGUCCAGAUUGUAGGUAUUUGGGGUAUGGGUGGUAUCGGUAAGACCACCAUUGCUGAGGUUGUAUUUGAUCGACUCUCUUCUCAAUUCGAAGCUUGCUGCUUUAUUGCAAAUGUCAGGGAAUCAGAGGCGAAACAUGGGCUAAAUGAUUUGUGGAAUCAGAUUCUUCGUACACUACUGAAGGAAGAAAAUCUAUGUAUGGCCACUCCAUCUAUUAUAUCAACUUUUGCACGAGAGAGGCUUCGCCGUACGAAGUCCCUCAUUGUUCUUGAUGAUGUGAGUGAGCUUUCCCAAUUAGAACCUUUAGCUGGAGGUGAUUGCAAUCUGUUUGGCCCUGGAAGUAGAAUCCUUGUAACAACCAGAAAUAAACGCAUAUUUAGGAAUGGUGCUGAUGAUGAUAAGAUAUAUGAAGUUAAGGAAUUAGAGGUUGAUGAAGCUCUUGAGCUCUUUCAUUUGAUAGCUUUUAGAAAUAAGUCUCCCCCAGGUGAUUAUACAACUUUUGCAAAAGAGGUGGUAGAUUAUGCUCGAGGCAAUCCAUUGGCUCUUAAAAUCUUGGCUUCCGUAUUCUCUAAUUGCAGGAGCAAAGAAGACUGGGAAAGUGAGUUGGAUAAAGUGAAAAAAUUUCCCAACCAAAAUAUCCAGAAUGUAUUGAGGUUGAGUUAUAAUGGAUUACAUCAAAAUGAGAAGGAUAUAUUUCUCGACAUCGCAUGUUACUAUAAAGGAGAGUGUAUAGCUGAUGCAAUAAGAAUGUUAGAUGCCUCUGGCUUCUGUGCGAAUGCAGGAAUAAGACUUCUCAUCGAUAUGUCUCUCAUAUCAAUAAAGGGUCAUUUUCCAAGAGUAGAGAUGCAUGAUUUGAUACAAGAAAUGGGUCAGACAAUUGUUCUCGAUGAAUGCAUUAAAGACCCCGGACAACGCAGUAGAUUGUGGACUGCUAAGGAUGUCGGUUAUGUACUAAAACAUAAGAGGGGAACUCAAGCAAUUGAAUGCUUAGGCAUGUCCAUGGAUCCCAUUACAGAUCUUGACAUAAAUCCUUCAGCUUUCAAAAAGAUGCAUAAUCUAAGAUUACUUAAGUUACAGUUUGAGCGUCACUCUUACUCGAAGUCAUGGGUCAACAAAGUUCACCUUCCUCAGGGUCUCAAGUGUCUUCCUCAAGCCCUUAGAAUCCUGCACUGGGAUGGCUACCCUUUGAAUUCUCUGCCAUCAAAGUUUUGUCCAGACAAUCUUGUUGUGCUUCAUAUGCAAGGCAGCCGACUUGAGCGACUUUGGGAUAAAGGCCUGAAGAUCAGUCUUGGGAGCUUAAAAGAGAUCGAUCUUCGUCUGUCCAAGCACCUGGCUGAGGUUCCAGAUCUCUCAGAGAGUCCAAAUCUCGAGAGAAUUGAUCUUGAAGGUUGUACAAGUUUGGUUCAACUUCCUUUGUCUUUUCAGCAUCUCGCCAAGCUUACUCGUCUCCAUCUGGAUGACUGCUCCAAUCUCAAAAUUCUCCCAGAGAUGCCAGGCAAUCUGAAAGUCUUACGAUUGGAUCGGACUGCAAUAGAAGAAUUGCCUUCAUCAAUUUGGUGUCACGAGAAGCUUUAUGAAUUGAAUCUUGGAACAUGUAAAGAGCUUAAGAAUAUUCCAAGCAGCACUCGUAGGCUGAAUUCGCUCCUAUAUCUUCGUCUAAAUAGCUGCCUCUCUCUUGAGGAGCUACCUUCUCGGCUGAGGGUACUGGACUUGAGAAAUUGCAAGAGUCUUGGGUCUUUGCCUGUCGAGCUACCUUCUGGGCUGAUAGAACUGAACUUGACAAAUUGCAAGAGUCUUGGGUCUUUGCCUGUCGAGCUCCCUUCUAGGCUGAGGUUCCUGAGCUUGGGGUAUUGCAAGAGUCUUGGGUCUUUGCCUGUCGAGCUCCCUUCUGGGCUGGAAUACCUGGGCUUGGAGUAUUGUGAGAGUCUUGGGUCUUUGCCCGUCGAGCUCCCUUCUGGGCUGAUGUCACUGGACUUGAGAAAUUGCAAGAGUCUGGGGUCUUUACCGAAGCUGCCAUGGCUUCUAAAGGAGUUGGAUGCACACGGCUGCACGUCACUAGAGACAGUCUCAAGUUCGAUGAGGACUGCACCCAUACAAGGUCGGGAUCAAUAUGUCCAGUAUUGGGAAAACAUCUGGCCUGGGAAUGAGGAACUUGUAUUUAUAAAUUGCGUGAAAUUGGAUCAGAGGGCACGGAGCAAUAUAAUGGCUGACGCACAGCUUACAGUUAUGCGAUUUGCGUCACGUCGUCACAAGAAAUGGAAUGGGACUAAAAUUGUUUGUCCGGGAAAUGAAAUUCCAAAGUGGGUGAGGUAUCAAAGUGAGGGAUGUUCGAUAAAUAUCAAGCUUCCUCCUCAUUGGUUUCGUCAAGGCUUCCUCGGUUACGCUCUAUGCAUUGUGGUUGCAUUCAACAACUAUACGCCACCACCCGAUUUCAAGUAUCCCUACUUUUGUUGUGGAGCCCAUCACAAAACAAACAAUGGUCACAAAGAGCGCUGCGACUGCGACCUCGAUAUAAGCCUACCAGAUGAUAUGAUUCUCAAUUCAGAUCAUGUGUUCCUGUGGUGUUUCUGCCCUUAUUUUGUUCGAUUUGGAAUUACAAUCAAUCGCGAGGAUUCCGAGGCCUCUUUUGACUUCAUGUUGUACCAACAUACCGACCGGAGCCGCAUUGGUAAAAACAAGGAGCCCAUCGACCCCUCCACUGUGAGGGUGAAAAGGUGUGGAGUCUCCUUGCUGUAUGCCCAAGAUCUUGAAAAAUUACUUGGAGGCAUUGAUGAAGAUGUAGUUAUGGAACCAAAACAAGUAGUUGAAGAAGAAGAUUUCAUCAUCAAAACCAAGAGAGGACGGGACGAGUCUGAACUCAGUGGAAGUGGAACUACUGCAAGCUUCAAAGAAGAAGAUAACGACCAACUACCUCCCCAGAGUAGUAAAAGGAAAAUCAACAUCAUGUGAAAUAUUCACGUUCAUAUGCCACUUUAUGAGGUGAAGCAUCUGGAAAUUCAAUUUCGUGCCCCAACUUGAUUUGUUUCUUUUUCUAGCUCUUUUGUGAAUUAAGUAAUAAUUUCUUAGUUAAUCACGAGAAAAGAAAUGCAUAUAGCAACAGUACUAGAAGAAUCUGGGAAUGCAGAUUUUAGAAUCUGACAGUGGCUGUUGCUUACAUAUGCCACUGAAUGUUUUGAUCUUUCAUGCAUGGAAGCCGUAGAAGGCAGGUCCAUUGAACUUCUAGAUCUAUUGGUAGAGGACUCCAGCACUCUACAUGAAGUUUUGCGAUCGAUUCAUGUAGGUCUUUUUUGUGUGCAACAAAAACCACAAGAUAGGCCAAGUAUGCCAGCUGCUGUUCUAAUAUUGAGUUGUGAAGGUGCAUCGCCUCAACCUCAGAAGCCUGGUUUUUUCAGUGAAAGGAAUCUGACAGAACCUGAAGAUUCUACAGAUGAGGCUACAGAAUGUUCAGCUAAUGAACUCACUAUUACACGAGUGGGGGCUCGAUGAAUGUUGAUAUCAUGUUGAGUAUUCUCUGCCCUUUA